AUGUUGCAGAACCUCGGUCCUAUCCCUCAAGCCUUGACCAACCCUCUCGGCACACCUACUGCUGAUCUCGCUCUCUUCGAGAAGCUUCCCAGCGACAGUAUGAACAGCAUCCUUCGUCAUCUCGAUGUCAAGUCCUUCCGCCGGUUCAGAAACAUAAACGCGAAGGCGCACAGAAUCACAGAGACAGUUUUAGACUGCAAAGAGGUCAUGGUCCAUGGUAGCACGGCUGUCAUCAACCUUAUCCGUACCGGCUUGAGUCCCCAUAUUACCAUCGGCGAGAUCCACAAGGCGCUCACCUCCCCCAAGUGCGAGUUCUGUGGCGACUAUGGAUCAAUCCUCUUCCUCCCGACCUGCACUCGAACCUGCCACAAGUGCCUUCAAACAUCGCCCCGCAUGGCGGUUAUUGGAUCAGAGGAAAUGCUCACCUACUAUCCACGAUUCACCAUGUACGGAACUCAUGACAAUCGUCCGCGUCUCCUCGAAACACUUGCUAAAUCAUCCAUGCGGUCUAUCAAAGUCCGCAACCAUUCACGGCCCGGACGAAUGUUGAAGGGCAUCCGAGGUGUCUUGGUGGACGACGUCUUCAGCUCCUCCGAACUGGGAAUAGACACGUCUGAUCCAGUCAAGGACCUUUUUUACGAUGAAUGGCUGCAAUACCGGACAGCCGCUAGCAUCCAUUUCCCCUAUCUAAACACGUCCACGGGUGAAAUAGAAGAAGGACGUAGUUGCAAAGGCUGCCACGAAGCAUUCGAAAAGCGACUCAUCCGAGCAAACGGCCCCCUAGGCGACAUGAGAAUCAACCCUGAUGCCGAAGACCGCGACCGAUGCUACUCACACAAAGACUUCGAGAAGCACUUCGAGACUUGCGUGCAUGCACAGCGAAUCUGGAUGAACCGCGUACCGCCUGGUCGAGAGUCCUGGUUUGCCGCGAAUGGGGGUAUGCAUUGGGGUAUUAGUGAGCGAGCGGAGUAUUGCCGGCGGUUUGUAGACCAGAUGCCGGUUGUAAACAACGAGGCCUUUUAG